AUGGUGUCAGGCGUCGGCUGCUCUUACCCUGUUACUGGAAGGAAGCGCGUAAAGUUGUUGGCAACCGAGUUGUCGUAUAGUGAACCCCUUGUCUGUUGCGUGCCAAUAUGUGAUGAUUCACUGGGGGACUUGCCUGACCGGUGCUCUGAGCGGCAUCACAUGGCUUCCGGUAGUGGUGAUCAAACGCAGAACACUGGUGUGUUUCCUGCAAUGCAGGAAUAUGCCUGUUCCACUGGUAACAAUGGUGUGGUUUAUCCACAAUAUGGGAUUGGCUAUUCGUCUGGUCAAAAUGGGGCACAGGGUGCAUACUUGCAACAUCAACAUUUUGAAGGUUGCAUGUAUAUGAGCAGGAACGGGCAGAUGUGCGGACCUUACCCACCUGAACAACUGUAUGAGGGGCUGUCCACUGGUUUCUUGCCUCGAAGCCUUGCUAUCUAUGCUGUUUUUGGUGGGAAAACAGCCGAUCCUGUGCAGUUGAUCUUUCUGAAACAAUUCCUUUCACAAUGGAAUGUCGGUGCCAUGGCUUCCACCCCAAAUGCAUCGACGGAGACAGAGAAAGUGGCUUCCCAUGCUAAAAUGGUUUUUCCAGAUAUUUACCAUGUUGAUGGCAAAUUUGGCCCAUUCACACUUGUAUCACUAAUGGGUAUGUGGAGUGGGGAACACAAAGAGCCUUCGGAAGCUACAGCUAACGAUUCUGCAUCAUUGAAUGGCUUAGUGGGUGACAUAGUUGAUGAUGUUAGCCAUCAGCUGCAUUCAGGGAUUAUGAAAUCAGCUCGCAGGGUUCUAAUUGAUGAAAUAUUCAGCUCUAUACUUCCAGAUUUAAUUGUUUCCAAGAAGACUGAGAAGCAACUGGCUGCAAAACUGAAGAACCAAGUUACUAAGCCUGACAGUGUGAGCAACAAGAAGGAUUCCACAAUUAAGGUCAAAGUUAACACAUCAUCUACUGUUCCAAAAAAAGGCAACUCAUAUAAUACUGCCCCAGUGGAUUGUUCAGUGGCAAUUCAAUUUACAGCAGUGCAUGGUAAAUUUGCUGAUAUACUACCAGCAGUUUGGCAAACAGUUUAUUAUGAAUCCAUGAAGAAUGUAUGGGACGAAAUACUGUCUGAACGUGUUAUGGACUACUGUGAUGUAUGGUUACAGAGAAAUUGUAUAUUGAAUCUGCCCUCUACAAGUAUUUCUGUCAUCCCUGAUGAUAACGUGAAAGCCCAAGACAGUCAUGAAUUGUCACCAAAGGAUUUAGAUGCUACUGAAUGUGACAUGGACUUUCCACCUGGAUUUGGACCAUGUAGGAAAUCUCCUGAGAGCUCCCUCUCUCCAUCCUUAUUAGAAGUCAAUGGAAGUGCUAUGGAUGGGAAGUCUGAAUCAAGCACCACUUUAUUUUCUGGCCCCUUAGCAGUAGUCCAGAGGAUGCUGGCAAAUGAACUAUAUAUCUCAUCGAAGCAAUCUUUAUUUCACUAUUUUGAGGAGGUUAUUGCAGAGGAGAUAACAAAUUGUUUAUGCUUUGGACUCGAAAGCAGUAUUGAUCAGGAACAAAUUGGUACCCCUAUUCACGCACCAGAAUCACCCAUGUCAGCCGAGACGUCUAUGCACGAAACACUCAAUCCUAUUGAGAUGACUGGAGGUGAUGAACUGAAUAUUGUUGAAAUGGCUAUGACCACAAGAACCAGUCCAAUUGAAAUGGCUGUAGAUGAAGAACUGAAUACCGUUGAAGCUACAAGAACCAGUCCAACUGAACCGACUUCAGUUGAAACAUCAACUGCUGCUGAAAUGGCAACAGAUAAAAUGCCCACUUCUCAUGUGUGUGCAGUGGAAGAUCACCUAUCCAUGUCGUAUGCGAGGAUAUUUGAAAAGAUGGAUAUAUGUAAAACAGCGGAAUUGGAUGAGAAAUUUGAUGAAGUGCCUCCUGGAAUGAAGACUGGCUUAGUCCCUUUACCACUUAUGGACAAAAACAUAUGUAGACCUUCAAAAUCAAUGAACUCUAUUCCUUUGAUUUCUAGAUAUAUAACUUUGGCUCUCUGCCGGCAAAAACUACAUGAGAAUGUUGUGAGAGAGUGGACAUCUCUCUUCUCUGAUACAAUUAGCAAGUGCUUGGGCUCAUGGUACACCAGGAGAAAUGCUGUAACUAAAAGCGCAGAUGGAUCAUCAAAACUCAAAGAAAAAACAUACUACAGGAAGAGGAAAUUUGAGAAAACAUGUCAAUCAAAAUCAUCAAAAAAACCAGUGGAAAUCUCAAUGGAUGAGCAGCUUUCAAAACCUCUUUGUCAGCUUGUUGACCGCAAGAUUUAUGUGAAAAAUAUCCAGGAAUCAAACAAAGCUUUGACAUCAAAGAAAGUUUCAUUUGUGGACAAGCCCUCCAAAAAAGGAGCCAAAGCUGUGGCUAAUGAUGCUCAUGAUUUGAAUAUCCAGCAAGAUCUGACACUCCUUUCCAGUGAGGUGCCAAAAGGAGCCAGGUCAUCUCAUCCAACUAAGAAGCACAUGGUUGCUAACAGGACACCUACGGGGAAUGAUAAUGUGGCGGAUAAUAGUAUGCUCACGAAACAUGUCAAGAAAAAAAAGGGCAGGGACAUUCCCAGUGAGACCAGUCAGAAGGUAAAACUGAUGAUCUCAUGCCCAGAAUCAGAUGGCUGUGCUAGAGUUUCCAUUAAUGGAUGGGAGUGGCGCAAUUGGGCGCGAAAUGCUACUCCAUCAGAAAGGGCUCGUGUGAGAGGGUACCGUGUUCGGACUAUUCUUUCUGCCUCAUCAAAUAAUAAUGUGUGGAAAAAUUCUCAAGCAAAGGUUUCAUCUGCAAGAACAAAUCGGGUUAAAUUGCGAAAUCUGUUAGCAGCCGCUGAAGGUGCUGAGCUGCUGAAAAUUCCCCAAAUGAAGGCAAGGAAAAAGCGCUUGCGUUUUCAGAGGAGCAAGAUCCAUGAAUGGGGUCUGGUCGCGCUUGAGUUGAUCGAAGCAGAAGACUUCGUUAUAGAAUAUGUUGGUCAACUGAUUCACCGGCGGGUCUCUGACAUACGUGAGUCUCAAUAUGAGAAGAGUGGGAUUGGAAGCAGUUACCUCUUUCGCUUGGAUGAUGAUUUUGUGGUCGAUGCCACUAAGCGUGGUGGGUUAGCAAGGUUCAUAAAUCAUUCUUGUGACCCAAAUUGCUACACAAAGGUGAUCACUGUUGAUGGCCAGAAGAAGAUUUUCAUUUAUGCAAAGAGGCGUAUAUAUGCCGGUGAGGAAAUUACAUAUAAUUACAAGUUUCCAUUGGAGGAAAAAAAGAUACCUUGCCAUUGUGGUUCUCGGAGAUAUUCCAUCACCUCUAUCUAUGCUUAUCCCAUUUUGCACAGCAGUAUGCAGACACACAAAGUGCCGCGGAUCAAUGAACUAAGAAGGGCAUCUUUUGAGGAUUUAUAUCGAUAUCAAAGUAUGGAGUGCACGAACAUGCUGGACAGCAAGAACAAACUGCGCAUUAUACUUGUUCAGACUAAUUUCAAGUUACCCCAAGGAUGGUGCAAGAGGAGGCCCAUACAGUAUCAUGCUCUGCUCAGCCUUGUGGAGGUGGCGGGCAUGGGAAAUCAGUUGAGGAUGGGCUGA